UUUGAUUGGCUAAUCUAUAAUCUAAAACAAAUAUGGCGGAUUCAACUCUCGUCUUUCGUCUUUCAAAAAUUUUAAUUGACGAUAUAUUUUCUUACUUGGAACAACAGAAUGUUUUCUGUUAGGAUUGUAGAUGUAGAUUUUUUCGUGGGAAAACCUAUAGAUGGCUUAGAUAUUUUGUUUUCUAAAUUUCGCGAGGCGAAUGUUAACCGUGUUCCUGUUUUGAGGAUAUUUGUCUCAACUCCUGGUGGACAGAAAACUUGUGUUCAUAUUCAUCAAGUAUUUCCUUACUUAUACAUACCUUACGAUGGAACUAAACCCACAGAUAAGUAUCUGAAACAAUUUACGACAAGUGUAGACUUUGCUGUUCAAGUUGCGUUUGGUAGAACAUCAUCUUCUAUGAAAUAUGUUCAUAAAACUGAAAUUGUUAAAAAAAUACUUGUUGAUCUUCUUCAGAAUGGAGCUAUAUUGAACAAGUCAUUUCAACCACACGAAGCUCAUGUUCCUUAUAUUCUACAGUUUCUAAUUGAUUACAAUCUUUAUGGUAUGAACUUACUUCGUGUAAGAAAAGUUCAUUUUAGAGGAAUUUCUUCAAAAACAGAUAAAAAUCUUUCAUAUAAUAAUAAAUCAAUUCCACUUCAUGGUUCAUCUCCAAAUUCAUUUCUCAAUUUUCCUUCAUCUCAACACUGGAAUGAAGACACUAUUCCUAGAAAUUUAUGCCUGGAUCCUACUGUGAAAAAAGUCAGUCGUUGUGAACUUGAAGUUGAUGUAAUUGCUGAAGACAUCUUGAAUCAAAUAAAUGUUGAAAGUUGUAUUGGUCAUAAUCCUGGUAUAACUGCUAUGUGGGAAGAUGAAAGACAACGAAGACGAGAUAUUGGACUAUCUUCAUAAGUUGCUCUUCCUGUUUCACAAGGUAGUGAUGAUGAACAUGAUGAAGAUAUUGAUGAAGAUAAAGAAUCAAUAUUAAUGUCACAGCCAUUUUGGAAAGAUGAUGAAGAAGAACAUGAUUCCCAAAGUUUGGAGGAUAAAGAGGAAAUGGACUGGAAACCACCUCUACGUAUGUCUGAAGUGGAUGGUCCUGGUGAUGACGAGGACUCCAGGGGACAUGUGUCGUCAAUCAAUUUUCACUCCGCGAGAGAAUCUCGAAACACUAAACACGCGUGUC